CACUGAACAAAGAAUUAGGAAGUGAGGGCCAAGAGCAGCAUGGAUAUAUAGGAGUGGAUGGCGGUGAAAAUGAAUCAGAGCACGACGAAUGUAUAACAAACCAGCACAACUGUGAUGAAAACGCGCUCUGUUUCAACACAGUGGGCGGGCACAACUGUGUCUGCAAGCCAGGUUACACGGGAAAUGGUACCAUCUGCAAAGCGUUUUGCAAAGAUGGCUGUAGGAAUGGAGGAGCCUGUAUUGCUUCCAAUGUGUGUGCCUGCCCACAAGGCUUCACUGGUCCCAGCUGUGAAACGGACAUUGAUGAAUGCUCAGAUGGCUUUGUUCAGUGUGACAGCCGUGCUAACUGCAUUAACCUGCCUGGUUGGUACCACUGUGAAUGCAGAGAUGGCUACCAUGACAAUGGGAUGUUUUCACCAAGUGGAGAAUCCUGUGAAGACAUUGAUGAAUGUGGAACUGGGAGGCAUAGCUGCGCCAAUGAUACUGUUUGCUUUAACCUGGAUGGUGGGUAUGACUGUCGAUGUCCCCAUGGCAAGAAUUGCACAGGAGACUGUAUCCACGAAGACAAAAUCAAGCACAAUGGUCAGAUUUGGGUGCUGGAGAACGACAGAUGCUCUGUCUGCUCGUGCCAGAGUGGAUUUGUGAUGUGCCGGCGAAUGGUCUGUGACUGUGAAAAUCCCACUGUUGACCUGUUUUGCUGUCCUGAAUGUGACCCAAGGCUCAGCAGUCAGUGUUUACAUCAAAGCGGGGAACUUUCCUACAACAGCGGUGACUCCUGGAUACAGAACUGUCAGCAGUGUCGCUGCCUGCAAGGCGAAGUUGACUGCUGGCCCUUGCCAUGCCCGGAGGUGGACUGUGAAUUCAGCGUCCUCCCGGAGAAUGAGUGCUGCCCACGCUGUGUCACCGACCCCUGCCAAGCGGACACCGUUCGCAAUGACAUCACUAAAACCUGCCUGGAUGAAACCAAUGUUGUUCGCUUCACUGGAUCUUCUUGGAUUAAGCAUGGCACAGAGUGCACCCUCUGCCAGUGCAAGAAUGGCCACGUCUGUUGCUCAGUGGACCCACAGUGCCUUCAGGAACUGUGACACCAACAACCAUCUCUCACAAACAGUUUCUGGUUAAAGAAUUUUCCUUCACAAAAAAAAAAAUUAAAAAAUACCUUUAGACCAAAAAUUGUACAAAAUUAAAAUUAGAUUGGUUUUGUCUAUCUAAAAAGUGCAGAUACAUGAUGAACUCAGUUACCCAAAUCAGAGUGAAAACUUUGUACUCAAAACAAGCUCAGAGGUGUGAACCUUUGUGUGAGGUUAGGCCCAAAUCUACUGGGUAUUCGUCUAUCUGACGUAAUGAUGGAGAAUAUUUAGGUUAGUGUUAAGUGGCACAUUCUAAUGCUGUGCAUAAUGAUGUCAAGAUCCAAAAUCAACUAGGAGCUCUUAGAGGGUCUUCCGAAGCUUUGAGAGUUCAGCACUUGACCAGAUUCAGAUUUUUACCUUACCAUAUUUCAAUCUGCACAAAUAUGUUUGAUUGCUCACUGCAGAAUUUAGCAGAUGUUUGAGUAAAAGGAUGAAGCCUUCAGGAAUAAUGAAUCUAGCAGCUAAGAUGUGAUAUGUACAGUAUGUGCGCUGAAAAAAAAAAAGAUAGAAGUUAUUGUAAAACAAAAAAAAAAAUUAAAAAAAGCUAAAAAGAAAAAACGUGAUGCACAGGCAUGGCUUCUUAAUGUUUUCUGAUGGGAAAAGUCAUCAAUAUUUCCUUGUUUUACUGCACUUACUAUUAUUUCUUGAUUGAAUUUGUUCAGUAUAAGCUCGUUAUUGUGCAAAUUUAAAUAAAUAUUUCUCUUACCUUAA